AUGGGUUACUUAGACCUUGAGGAGAUUUGGGCGUACCCGAAUAACCAGAUCACUUUUGCAAAGCCGUCCAGAAAGACUUUUUUCGCGCACCCCCUCAAACUCCUUGUUGGAGCAGCACUCUUCCUUAGCUUGUUAUUUUACACCUCGAUACCCGAUGGCUUCAUCAGAGGCUUUGACCGCGACAGAUCGUUUCUGGGUGUCGCAUCCAGAGACCAGAGCGACCAGCUCGAUAUCAUGAAGCAGCAUGACAUCAAUGCAAAAAUGCUCCACAGCAAAAGUUUCGCGAACCGCUACAGCGUACGUGCCCCACCGUCGAUUCGCGAAAUCGACAUGACCCGAAGCAACGGCACUCGCGAGGGUCAGCCUGUGGUUGCCAUCAACGCUCUCAACCCGAACAAUCUUGUCUUCGUCUCUACACGGUUCUACCCCUUGCCGUCAUUGAGCCCCGUUGGCGGCUGUUUCCUCGCGUAUACCCUCGAUCGCGGACAGACAUGGGUCAACGUUACCGCUGAUUAUCCUCUGGGCGAUGCUCCAGAGUGCGGUGAGCCGCAGGUCUUCUCUGACGCUAAUGGCACAUUCUACAUUUUGAAUAACCAGGUCUUUCCGGAUUUGGAGAGUAAUGAGGCGGCCCAUCCGCAGCUCUCCAAGUCGGUGGAUGGCGGCAAGACCUGGAGCACCCCUUCUGUGACUCCCUUGCACAUGCAAGGUGCCCCCAAACUCCGGAUUGACCAGGUCACAGGCAAGGUCUAUGCGAAUGGCGCAUCUUCGUGGGAAUAUCCUGCUGCCAUCUCGGUGAGCUCCGAUGGGGGCGACACAUGGGCGCCAUUCAACCAAGUCCCCGGCCCCGUAGAUGUUUGCCUCGACUAUGAGAUCCCCGACCUCCCCCCAGUGUGCGGAUUCCCUGGCAGAUCCAUUGCCGUUCACGAUGGUAUCCUUGUCUCUGCAGCCGAGGGCUUAGAGGGCCACCCGGAGAUGUACAUCAGCCGCAACGACGGUGUCACCUGGACGACACUCCCGUUGACUGAUAGUGACGGGGACUUUGUCCUGAACGGAACGGGGCCCAUGUUGCCAGUGUCGGGCGUUGGUCUGCCCAGUGACCCAACGCCCUGGGUGUCGGCUGACCCAACCAAGACAGGACGAUUCGCGCUCAUGGUUCCGCGAGAAUACACACUGGAGAUAUACGUUACGGAAGAUGCAGGCGGCAACUUCACGGGCCCGACGGUCAUUGAGACCCCAAAUGCGCAGCGCCCUGCCAUUGACUUUGGGUUGACUGGAGUGCUAGGCGUGAUGUGGCGAACAAACAGCUCGGGGCUGUUGGAUGUCUACUCCACCGUGUCCUUUGAUUUCGGUCGCACCUUUGCCACGCCAGUCAAGGUCACUCGCGAUUCCGUGCCUGUGGGACAGAAUGGACAACCCGGCGACCGCGCGUCCUUGAUAGCUCUCAAUGGAAAAUAUGCGUAUGUUGCUUGGUCUGAUGGAAGAGAUGGUCUCUUGGAUGCCGUCUGGGCUGAGGUGCCAUUGGCGCUUUUUAAGAACGAGACCAUUUAG